AGGUGUUGCACUUUGGUUUCGUCACAAGUUGCUUAGCAACACUAAGAAAAAACAACACAUUCGUGGUAUAUUGUGUUUCGUUAUAUGCCUUUGAGAAAUACAAACUUGGAAUUAUUAUAAAAUGCCACAGAAAAUAUGAUAUCAACAUCAGACAUUCGUCAGCAUUCAACAAAAGCAUUCAAUAAGCCUUCAAGCUAAUAACAAAAAUAUAUCAAAAAUCAUCAUGUUCAAAUACGUUGCUUUGUUCUGCAUUAUUUCCGUGGCUAAUGCUGGAAUUCUUUCUGGAUCUUUGGGUACUGUUGUCUCAGCUCCAACUGUCAUCGCAGCUCCAAGAAUUAUAUCAGCACCUGCUGUAAGUGUUUUGAGAACAGCACCAAUAGCAACUAUUGGAGCUCCAUUGGGAAUUAGCAGUGGAUUGAUAUCUAAUGGUCUUAUUUCAAAUGGACUGGUUUCGGGAGGAUUAAUCUCAAAUGGACUUGUAUCUGGUGGAUUAGUUACUAAGGGAUUGGUUUCUGGUGGUUUGAUCUCUGGAGGAUUAGUGUCCAGUGGAAAAUUGUUGAUCUAAAUGUUGAAGAUUUUAAAUCGUAGUUCCUAGAUCCUCUGAUAUUGGAUACUAAUAAAAAA